AAAGGUAGCCCGACCCCUAACCUUAACCUUUACCUUAGUAACUUUCUAUUCCAAUUGUCUCCUACAAACUAGGACGAAUUUGAGUGGGAAUAUUGACUGAAAGAUAUUAUUACUUUUUUAUUAUUAUUGUUAACUUGUUUGGUAUUAAUGGAGUGACAGCAUGUGCAUGUGUGUAUGUGUCUUUAAGAGUCAGACAUUUUGUUAUUGGACGUCAGGGCUCCAAUAAUAUGCAUGACUGUACAAAGAGAUCCACUCCCUCCCCCAUAGCAGGGAAUCGCACAUUGCACAAAGGCAGUACAGACUGUGAUGCUCUCCUCCUCUUAGAAAUAAAAAUGGAUUACAAUAAACGUCUGUGGCGAAAUCGAGAAGUCAAGCUACGUAUUUCUUGGAUUUUACAUUUUCCAUCGAUGUGGUGAUUCGUCUAGAUUUUCUUCCACAAUGGCAAAAAGGACGUGGUUUGGAGGCUGGAGGUGUCUUUUAUUCUGGUUGUUUCUCUUUCUUCUUUUGUGGAUUAACGCACAAGGCCAGACUCGCUAUUCCGUUCCCGAGGAAUUGAACGUCGGCUCCGUUGUCGGAAAUAUUGCUAAAGACCUUGGCUUGAAAAUAUCCGAGCUUUAUGAUCGUAAAUUGCGAAUAGCCUCCGAAUCAGGUAAGCAGUAUUUCAGUGUGAAUUUAGGAAAAGGUGAGCUGGUGGUUGAUGAAAGGAUCGACAGAGAGAGCCUUUGUGGACAGAACGCAAACUGUCUGCUGCCAGUUCAAGUCAUAAUCGAGGAUCCUCUCCAGCUUUACAGAAUAGAUGUUGAAAUACAGGAUAUAAACGACAAUUAUCCUCAUUUUCAGUCAACCGAGCGCGCACUAAAAAUCGCAGAGUCCACCGUGCCUGGAAUGCGCUUCCCCCUGGAAAGUGCACAAGACCCAGAUGUAGGAAGUAAUUCUUUAAAAUCGUACACGCUGAGCAAAGAUGAAUGCUUCAGCUUAAAAGUCAAGGAUCUUGGUGAUGGGCGUAAAGUGCCCGAGUUGGUUUUGGAGAAAUCCCUUGACCGUGAGAAGAAAGCUUUACAUCAGCUGAUGCUUACUGCACUGGAUGGUGGAAAUCCGGUCAAAUCAGGCACUUCUCAGAUAAAUAUCACUGUCCUUGAUAACAAUGACAACAAUCCGGUAUUUAACAAUGCGGUAUAUAAAGUAAGCAUUAAUGAAAACUCCAGUCGGGGGACGUCAGUGUUAAAAGUUGACGCUACAGAUUUGGACGAGGGCACGAAUGGUGAAAUACAGUACUCGUUUGGAGAGCGCACACCCGACGCAGUGCGCUCAUUGUUUCUCAUUGAUCCACAGACGGGCGAAAUCAUUUUGAACGGGCAGCUGGAUUUCGAAACCACUCCGACGUACAAUAUCGAAGUCAGUGCCACAGAUAAGGGGAUCCCUGAAAUGGAAGGCCACUGCAAUGUUCAUAUCGACGUUUUAGACGUGAAUGACAACCCACCACAAAUCGUGCUCACGUCCAAACCGAGCCCAGUGCGCGAGGACGCACCGAGUGGCACCGUUGUAGCGUUAAUAAGCGCUCGCGACUUUGACUCUGGCGUUAAUGGGAAAGUUAUUUUACACACCCAACCCGAGGUUCCUUUUAUACUGAAAUCGACUUUCUCCAAUGAUUAUUCUUUAGUGACGAAUGGAAUUUUAGAUCGGGAAAUGUUCCCGGAGUAUAGCGUAGAAAUCACCGCGUUUGAUUCAGGCUCUCCUUCGUUGAGUAGCAAAAAAACAAUUUCCGUUCAAAUCCUUGAUGUUAAUGAUAAUCCACCAAAAUUUCCUGAUAACUCGUUUAAGGCAUACGUCAAAGAGAACAACAACCCAGGUUCGAUUGUUUGUUCUGUCUCAGCUUCAGACCUUGAUGUCGGAGACAAUGCCAAAAUAUCUUAUUCUAUAAUUGACUCCAAAGUCCAGGACAUGCCCCUGUCGUCUUAUUUCUACAUUAACUCAGACAACGGGAGCAUUUUUAGCAUGCACUCGUUUGAUUAUGAGAAGAUGAAAGUGUUUCAAAUCCAAGUCCAGGCGAAAGAUCACGGCUCUCCGUCUCUGAGCAGCAACGCCACGGUUCAUGUUUUUAUCGUGGACCAGAACGACAAUGCCCCAGCUAUCAUUUACCCCUCCGCACUCAUGGGCUCCGUGUCUCAUCAGAGAAUGCCCCGCUCCGCUAAAGCAGGACACCUCGUUACUAAAGUCACAGCAGUGGACGCUGACUCGGGCCAUAACGCCUGGAUUUCCUAUCGGCUAGCGGAGGCCACGGACGCGUCUCUGUUCACUGUCACUUUACAUACAGGAGAGGUGAGGACUAAGCGCUCUGUUUCAGAGCAGGAUGACUCCUCUCAGAGACUGCUCAUAGAGAUAAAGGACAACGGAGAACCGCUGCAGUCCACCACAGUCACUGUGGAUAUACUGAUAGAGGACGGCUUUCAUGAACCAAUCGCAGACUUUAGACACAAACACACAGAACCUGAGAAGAAAA